AUGACGUCUGCUGAUUCUAACGAAAAAUCGUCAAAAGAAAACAUCAAGGAAAAAAUUAACCAAUUAAUCAAAGAUAACACAGUAAUGGUCUUUUCCAAGGUUUACUGCCCAUAUUGCACAAAGGCAAAAAAAGUUCUUGGUAAAUAUAAACUAAAGAGUUACAAAGUCAUUGAACUUGACAAGAUCGACGAUGGCGAUGAAUACCAAGAUAUUCUUGGAGAAAUGACCGAUGCAGAUACUGUUCCUCGAGUUUUUAUUGCUGGAGAAUGCAUUGGCGGUGGUGAUGAUACCGAACGAUUGGACAAGCAAGGCGAACUGGAGAAGAUUUUGAAAAAAGCAGAUGCAUUAGAGAAUUGA